UAAAAUAUUGACAUUUGUUUCAUUUUCGUUAUCGCUUUUUAAAACUUUCAAGGCUCGUGGGUAAACUGGUUGUGGACACCUUGUCGAGCGGUGCAAUAAUGUAAACCUUGGUUUUGAAGAGUACUAAUCAGUUCUUCUGAAGAAUUCUUUCAGAUUAGUUUAGCGAUAUCUUAAUUAGGUCAACUCAAUUUAAAUCAGACAUAGACUUUCAGACAGGACUUUUUCUUAAAUAAUAAUUCCUUUAGGAAGAGUAGUCACACGAUUGAAACGAGUAUGUUUUUUUCAGAUGGGUUUAGCAAUGUCUGAAUUAGGUCGACUCGACAUUAGUAAAAUCUUAGAAAAUAUCGGAGGCUUGUUGGUCAGUUUGCAAUCAUCUAAUAUUCUUCAAGAAGAUGUUCUGAGUACGGUCACCAACCUUUUGGAAGAAAUUCAAUUCGACCAAAUUGAUACAGAAGUCUUAUCAGAUCUCAUAAAUGAUUUGGAGCCCUUAUAUAAAGAUAGUGAUUGGUCAUCUUUAAUAUACAUUCUAAAAGAUUUGGAUCUUCCAAUGUUCAAAGGAAAAAAUAUUGAAUCAAGUAAAUAUGACAUAGCUGCUUAUUCCUAUGCCUAUUCCUACUGA